CUCUAAACAGUGGCGGCUUUCGAACGGGAUGCGCCAUGACUCCUCGCUCCAACGUGUCGGACGGAAAAGAAACCAAAUGAAGCGGACCGCUGCCGAGCAUGAUUCUUCAUCUAAACAAAAGUCCUGACAUGAAAGCAUUUUUCAGACGUGGAUGUUUGAAGCUAGUUGGGCAUAUGCGCUUUACACACACACACACACACACGCACUAUUGGGAGCACAGUCGACAACCCAUCUGAAAUCCUGAAGAGUAUCAAUGUGGCAAUGGUACCCACGCUAGUGUGUUCUACUCUUCUAUGACUAUGCGCUCUGGUCCCCGCGUUCCCAAAAAGAGGCUGUGUCAGUGAAGUUGCUUGAAGGCAAGUCCAAGAAGUUGGGCCCAGUCCCCAUCAUUGAGUCCAACGAGCGCCAAUAAACGUCCGCGGAAGAGAAAAGCGGUUCGCGUCGGGUUGACCUUUGCGCGACUUGUUGAAGUCAACCGAAAGAGCGCCUUUGUUUGGCGCCACGCAUCAGGGUGCGUUUGUCCCUUUACGAUGACAACGACUCGGUACUCCAUGAUGACGUUUUUGUCAAAGACCGCGGGAAGAAGCAAAGGCAAAGCGCCGCAUCACAAGGACUCACGACUCUAUGAUGACGUUUGGCCGAAGACUGCAGGAAGACGCCAAGCCAUAGGCAGUCAUAUCGCAAGUCGACGGUGGCAGAGAGCAGAAGCGACGCACGGUUCUUUUCCUGACUCCAGAAGCGGCGGGAUGACCAGCAAAGUUUGGUUGGGCCUCCUGCUGUGCUCCCUGAUGGUCCGGCUCAGCGUGCCAGACGCAGCGGCCCAAGAUGCCGCAACCCCGGAGAAUGCAAAACCAGCUCUCAAAUGCUACCAGUGCGCCGACAAAGCGGCUUGUAAGACUUGCCUGAGCGGCAUUUCAACAUGCACCCAACAGACUUGUACCGAAGGCCAAAAAUGUUACAAGAAAAGCGAGGGCGCCGAUGUGACCGAGAUGAGCUGUAAAGAAUGUGCCGAGAGCGACGGAUGCUGCGACACCGCUUUGUGUAACGGGCCCACUUCGGCCGCGGUGCCCAACCGGCUUGGGGGCGGCAGCAUGGCGCUCCAGGUGGCGCUCGCCGCCGCCGCCAUUUUGUUGCCGCUCUGGGUGUGAGGGGCCACUUGUCUGCUUGGCCAUGGGCGGAUGCUAACCUGGCCACCGCGCGCGCCAUUCUCACGGCCGCCAGUCCUACCUGAAUAAAGUGCAAAACAAA